AAGGGCGAGGGAGGGGUUUAUAUACAACAGGACGCCAACGAGUGCUGGACUGAACUCAUUCGUAUGCUUCAGCAAAAGCUCCGCAUAAACACCGGUUCUGGCAAUAACUUCAUUGACCAGUACUUCAGCGGAAGCUUUGAUGUGGAGAUGAAGUGCAGUGAAUGCGAAGACGAACCGCCGGUCCAUUCGACAGAGAAUUUUCUCCAAUUGAGUUGUUUUAUAUCUACGGAUGUCAAGUAUUUACAAUCGGGUCUUAAAUUGAGACUAAAGGAGACGAUUGAGAAGUAUUCGCCGACUUUGGAUAAGAACGCGAAAUACGAGAAAAUAAGUACAAUAAGCCGUUUGCCGGCAUAUCUUGCCAUUCAAUUCGUCAGAUUUGAAUACAAAGAGAGGGGUUCUGUGAACGCAAAGAUUCUCAAAGACAUUAAGUUUACGCUCAGUUUAGAUGUGUUUGAGUUGUGUUCGCCUCAACUCCAGGAGAAGUUGAUUCCCAUUCGUCACAAAUUCAAAGAAAUGGCCGAUAAAAAGCUCGAAGAAACCGCAGCGAAGACCAAACUGACCGCUCAAACCGACGACGAAUCCAAACCCAAAUACAAGCAUAACUACUCAUUCGAUGGCGACAUCGGCUCUAAUAAUAGCGGCUUUUAUGAGUUGCAGGCAGUGCUCACACAUAAGGGACGGUCCAGUUCUAGCGGUCAUUACGUCGGUUGGAUCAGAAGGAAAGAGGAUGAGUGGUUCCAAUGCGAUGACGACACCGUCGCUCCUGUCAAGGCUGAUGAUAUCCUUAGGCUGUCGGGUGGAGGCGACUGGCACUGCGCUUAUGUCCUAUUGUAUGGCCCAAGGAUUCUGACAAGUGAUGAGCCCAUAAAUCCUACUGACAUCCAGACUGUCCGCCAAUAGUCUC